AUGAAAUUUCACCUAUUGAGGCUAUUGGUGCUCUACUUUUUCAACUAUUCAUUUGCAAAGUUUAACGAUGAUGUUUCGUUAUCCGAUCUUGUGCCCGAUCCAUUAUUCCCAGAUCAAGCUUUACGACAAGAUUAUGUUACCUUGAACUUCAACUAUGAUGAUGUUGAUGAAACUGUGGAAAGCGAUAGAAUGUUUUCGAUCUCGAAAAUGAAUCGACUGUAUAAAAAUUUCCUCUUUCAAGGAGAUUUGGUGAUCUCAAAGGAAUUUCUGAAAGAGAUCGUCAAAGCUUCCUCAAUCAGAGGGAAAAGACAAGCUUACAGAGAUUCAAAUUACCCGAAAACGAUUUGGACCGACGAAAUCCCCUAUUCGAUGCAUCCGAAAAUGCCUCAAAAGACACGAAGAGUGAUCCGAACGGCCAUAAAAUUCUGGGAAACAGAGACUUGUGUGCGAUUCAAAAACGCUCAACAACGUGGAAAAAACACUUCGCAUCUCUUUUUCACCCAUCAAAAUCCUGGUUGUUGGUCAACAGUUGGACGAGAUGUCCAUAUGAAAAAGCAAGUGGUCAAUGUAGGGCCUGGAUGUGAUCAAUUUGGUGUUGUCACUCACGAGACUGCACACGCUCUCGGGAUUUUCCACGAGCAAAGCCGCUAUGAUCGAGAUGAAUUCGUGGAUAUUGUUGAGAAUCGGAUAAUUGACAACCAAAAGCUCAACUUUAUCAAAAUUCCGCCACAAUUUCUCUCAACUUACGAUCUACCGUAUGAUUUGGGAAGCGUCAUGCAUUACGCUCCGUACGAAUUUGCCAAAACCCGAAAACAUUUCACUCUUCUCCCAAAAGAUCUCCGUUUUAUGGCAACUCUCGGGCAAAUUGAUGGUCCAUCUUUUAAAGAUGUCCUCCUCGUCAAUAAACACUAUAAGUGUUCCGAUAAAUGCAAAUCCGAGAUCUCCUGUCAAAACCUUGGCUAUCAAAAUCCGAAUGAUUGCCAGAAAUGCAAAUGUCCAAAAUCGUUUGGUGGACGGUUUUGUGAGGAAAUCGAGAAGAGUUCAAGUGAAAUUUGUGGGGGAACAAUUAAUGUCACUGAUGAUUUACAGGCUCUAAUGGUGAACUUCGGCUCAAUGAAGCGGGUUACGAGUCGCAGGAAAUGUGUUUAUCAUCUAAAAGCAAAUGAGGAUCGAAAAAUUCUGCUGGCAGUAAAGAUUCUUUUUGGGAAUUGCAUUCAAGGCUGUCAAUUCAAUCAUUUAUUGAUCAACGAUCGAUCCGAUUUGAUCACUUCCGGGUUUCGUUUAUGUUGCUCAAAAGUGGAAGAGCUUCAUUUUUUCACGUAUCAGAACUUUGCCAGUAGCGAAUUUUCGACAGGAGUACACGCAUUUCAAGGAAUUCUCGUUUUUCGAUCAGGU